GGUGACGUCACAGGCGCUUGUCCGCUGUUGACUUGAAACAAAAACAGGAGAGGGGAGUUGAAGCGUGAGGCUGCUUUCCGAGUGGCAGCCCUCAGGUGACAAAUGACUGAAGUUAAGUGAAACCGAAGAAGGUGGCAGUAACAAUAUGAAGUUAUAUGUAUUUCUGGUUAACACUGGAACUACCCUUACAUUUGACACAGAACUUGCUGUACAAACUGUUGCAGAUCUUAAGCAUGCCAUCCAAGCUAAAUAUAAGAUCGCGACUCAGCACCAAGUGUUGGUUGUCAAUGGAGGAGAGUGCAUGGUUGCUGACAGACGUGUUUGUAGCUACAGUGCUGGGACGGAUACAAAUCCCAUAUUUCUUUAUAACAAAGAGAUGAUUCUGUGUGACCGUGCACCAACUAUACCUAAGACAACAUUUUCUGCAGAAAAUGAGAUGGGGCUAAAGGUAGAGGAGUCCCUUAUGAUGCCAGCUGUAUUUCACACAGUAGCCUCGAGAACUCAACUUGCUGUGGAGAUGUAUGAAGUAGCAAAGAAGCUUUGUUCAUUCUGUGAAAGAUUGGUCCAUGAUGAACAUCUUCAGCAUCAAGGUUGGGCUGCCAUUAUGGCCAAUUUGGAGGACUGCACCCAUUCUUUUCAAAAGCUGUUGGCAAAGUUUGAAAACGCAUACAGCAAUUAUGAACAUUCUGUGGAAGAUAUUAAGCAAAAGCUUACAAACCUAGGUACUGCAGUCUCUGUAAUGGCCAAGAUACCACUAUUGGAGUGCCUAACCAGGCACAGUUACAGAGAAUGUCAGGAAAGACUGAAAUUACCAACACAGAAUGGAAGCACAGAAGAAGAAACUGAGGAUGUGAAGUCUACCAGUUCAGCAGUUUGUUCUGCUAAACCUACAGUUAGCAGAAAUUCGCCUUCUAGUUCUACAUCUUUCGGAUGUUCUGCACAGAAUAGUGUUAUCCAACAGGAAGGAAAAUACACUGAGACCAUUGAGGACAGAACACUGAAAACAGUAGCAGAAGAUGAAUUCAAAGUAGAUGACCAAGCUUUUUUCAAUGUUUCCUUAUUGGAUUGGGUUAAUGUACAAGAUAGACCAAAUGAUGUGGAAUCACUGGUCAGGAAAUGCUUUGAUUCAAUGAACCGACUUGAUCCAGAAAUUCUUCAGCCAUUUUUGGCAGAGUGUCAUGAAACAAUUGCCAAACUUGAUAAUCAGAAUAUGAAGGCAAUUAAGGGACUUGAGGACAGACUAUAUGCCCUGGAUCAAAUGAUAGCCAGCUGUAACAGACUGGUGAAUGAACAAAAAGAAUUAGCUCAGGGAUUUUUAGCAAAUCAGCAGAGGGCUGAAAACCUGAAAGACCCAUCUGUUCUUCCUGAUUUAUGUCUGAGUCAUGCAAAUCAGUUAAUGAUUAUGUUAACAAACCACAAGAAACUGCUGGAUAUUAAACAGAAAUGCACCACUGCUAAGCAGGAACUUGCAAAUAACUUACAAGUCAGAUUGAAGUGGUGCUGUUAUGUGAUGCUUCAUGCGGAUCAGAAUGGUGAAAAACUCCAGGCUUUGCUAAGGCUUCUGACAGAACUGCAGGAGAGAAUACGAAUUGUUGAGGCGCUUAGCACUGUUCCUCAAAUGUACUGCCUUGCUGUUGUUGAGGUAGUAAGGCGGAAAAUGUUCACUAAACAUUAUAGAGAGUGGGCCAGUGCUCUCGUAAAAGAAGGAAAACAAUUCUAUGAAGCAGAGAGGGUGAAAAGGGAAUCCUUUGGCAAACUGUUCCGAAGAUCGUUUCUUAGAAAUCGCUUGUUUAAGGGGCUCGACUCAUGGCCACCAUCGUCCUUUUGUACGUAUAAGCCCCGAAAGUUUGACUUUGAGCUUCCUGAUGUAUCCUUAACUGACUUACAAUUUCUGCAGUCUUGCUGCCCUUCAGAAGUUCAGCCUUUCCUCAGGAUUCCUACACUGUGUGACUUUGAACCAUUGCACCAGCAUCUUCAAAUCCUGUGUAAUUUAGUCAAAGCUGCUCAGAGUUGGGAUGAAAUGUCCCAAACCAUCACAGACUUGUUGACUGAGCAAAAGGUGUCCCUGGAUCAACCUUCGAUAACGACACCAACAAAACACAGGUUGGAAAGCACAACCAGAACUAAAACUACCUCUUCGAGAUCCACAUCUACACUUAGCCUUCAGGGACCAGUCUGUCCACCUGCCAAUGUUCCUGCCUCGUUAGAAGAGCUGUCUCCUGAUAGUAUUGAUGCCCAUACAUUUGAUUUUGAAACCAUUCCUCAUCCAAAUUUAGAACAAGUUCUCAAACAAGGAUCUAUAGAUAUGGACUCAUUGGCAGAAAGUCCAGAGUCUGAUUUUGUGUCUGCUGUAAAUGAAUUUAUGAUUGAGGAGAGCUCAACUUCACCCAACUUGAACAGUGACCCACAAAGUCCUGAAAUGAUGCUUGAGUCAUUAUAUUCUUCAGUUAUUAAUGCCAUUGAUAAUAGACGAAUGCAAGAUACAACUUUUGGUGAAAAUGAGGAUUCUAAAGAAGUUGCAACUCUUAAAGUGCAUUUAGAAAAAUACAGGCUUAUCACUGAAAUGUCUCAGUUACAUUUUAUAAACAUUAAAAAAGAUCUUAAUCGUUUCAGAGAACUUGUUCAGAAAGAACAGUGUGAUAUUAGUAGUUCUAUGAAAAAUGUAAGUGAAGAAUUAAGAAACAUAAUUGAAACUGUAAAAUGUAGAGUUGAAGUGGGAGCAAAGGAAAAUUACCAACAAAAAUUAGAGAUUUUAAGAAAGGAUUAUGAAGAUCAAAUGGACAAAUUGAAUGUUGAAUUAGUGACUGCUCAGCAAAAUGUAGAUCGGCUGAAAAAGGAUUUGUUGGAACUUGAAAACUACAUAAAACAGAAGGACCGUGAGUUUGCUGAGGCAAGAACUGAAAAUGAAACUCUCUUGUGUUUACAAAUCAGUAAAGAUAAAGAAAUACAUGACUUGGUGGAAGAUAGAAAAAAGAAGGAAACCGAAAUCCAAGAACUCAAACAAUUGAAAGAGAGUUUGUUAGAAGAAUUAAACAGACUUAAUAUAAAAGCUGAACAUGAAAUGAAGUGCUUAAGGGAAGAGCUUCAAACUCUCGAACAAAGUCAUCUGAAGGACCUUGAAGAUAACCUGAAAGUCAGGCAUCAGCAAGAAUUGAAAAAGUUAAUGACUGAUCAUAGUAAUCUGCAAGAACAAAUCUCAAAGGAAAAUGAAGCAAGGUUAGAUCGCGUGCAGCAGUCUCUUACAAUGAUGCUUCAGGACCGAGAACAAGAACUGAAUGAACAUAAAUUGAAAGUAUCUGAACUUUCUGACUUUAGGUGCAGUUUGGAAGCUGAAUUGGCUUUGAAGGAAGUGGAAACCGAGGAAUUAAAACAGCGCUUGAAAGAGAUUCAAGUCCAACAAGAAGAGAUUGCAAAAUGUCAAGUUAUGAAAGAAACUGAAACUGAGAAAUAUAGGGAAGAGAUAACUGACUUGAAACACCAACUUCAGCUAAAGAAUGAGGAAUACAAGGUAGGCCUUGCAGAAGAAAGAAUACUAAUGACCACAGAGAAAGAUCAGUGUAUUUCUGAUCUGUUAGACAGGCAAGAACAGGAGAAGGCCUUACUUAAAGCAGAACUAGAUAAAUUGGAUGUAAUGAGACAGCAAGCACUUGAUGUGGAGGUAGCAUUAAGAGGACAAGUUGAAGAGCUCACCACUAAACUGAAAGAAUAUUUGAAAACAAUAGAAACUGAAAGGGAGGAAAUGGUGUCUGAGAAGCAGAGAAUUGCCUUUGAAGUUGAAGCAAAAUAUAAAGCGACUAUUCAUGAUCUUGAAGAGGAGAAGCAACAGCUGCUCAACACAUUAAGCCAGGAAAGGGAGGAAUUUGUUAGAAAUAAAAUGCAUGAAGAUCAUGAAUGCAAAAGACAAGCACUUGAGCAAGAAUUGCAAAUAAAUCAACAGGUUGAAAGUCAACUUGAAGAUCAAAGUAGAGCUGAGAGCAAAGAUCCACUUUCAUCUGCAUCAAUGAAAUGGACCCCUCCACCAAGUACUAUUGCUGACCUUACAGGAAAGUUUCAAGAAGAGAAGGCCAACUUACUAGACCAACUAGAAAAAAGGAAUGAAGAGCUUCAGAGCCUUAAAACAUCACUGAUAGCUGAACAACAGACUAACUUCAAUACCGUCCUAACUCGAGAAAAAAUGAAGAGAGAACAAAUUAUCAAUGACUUGAAUGACAAACUGAGAAAGCUAACCCAGCAACAAGAAAAGGAUAGAGUUUUGAUAGAAACGCUUUCUGCAGAUAGAGCUACUUUACUACAAGAAAAGAAACAGCUUGACGAAGAGCUUAACAGACUACGAAGCAAUGUGCUGGUUUGUUCUGUCUUUUCAUCACCUGGAAAUUCUGGAGCUGAGGCUUCGGUUUCUGGGCCUGAAAUUCCAUUUGAUUCAGAAAGAUUUGCGCCUGUUGCUGCAGUAGCAGAAGAAGGAAGGAUAGAAUCUGCAAUGGAAGCAAGCACUAUGACUGUACGUGAAACCAUCCAGAUGUCUGAGGAAAAACAUAGGAUUAUGAUCUUAGAAAGAACAUUACAAAUGAAAGAAGAGGAGAAUAAACGUUUAAAUCAAAGAUUGAUGUCUCAGAGCAUGUCUUCUGUAUCUUCCAGACAUUCUGACAAAAUAGCUAUUCGAGAUUUCCAAGUUGGGGAUUUAGUACUUAUUAUCUUGGAUGAACGUCAUGAUAACUACGUUCUAUUUACAGUUGGCCCAACACUCUAUUUCCUACAUUCAGAGUCACUAGGAGCACUGGAUCUUAAGCCAGGUAUACCAUUUUGGGAUACUAUUGGGGGCAUAGCCCCUCUGAGGAAUAUCACAGCGGCAGCCAGGCCUGUGGCAUCACAAGUGGCUCUACUGCAGAGCAGGAUCGGGCAAAGUCCAAGCAAGCAAUAG